AUGUCAAUGUCAGAAACAAGUGAUAUAGAGUGGAAGACGAUUCAAGAUGAACUUGGUUUGCAGAUAAAGGUGAUCAAUCGAUUCCAGUUUCCUUCGAAUCUUACCGAGGUACCAGAUUUCGAUUGGUCUUCCAUCAAACCAGAGAGAAUCAAUGGUAAGACAAUGAUGACGGUAUCUUCCAAAGACCAAGAAGUGAAUGUAAAGGAAGAGGGGGAGGAGACUAUCUCAACAACAAACAAUGAAAAUGGUAUUGGUAGUAGUAGUAGUAGUAGUAUUCGUAAUAUGAAUAAUAAAGGUCAACAACAAGAAGAAGAACAACAUAAAGAAGACGAACAACAACAGAAAGAUAAUAUUGAAUAUUGUAUUGAUCAUUUGAAGAGAUAUUACGAUCUUGGAGAUGGUAAUCAAUAUCAAUUCUACAAUGUCUCCGAUAGGGGUGAUGAAUUCCUUUAUACUGCACUGCCAUAUAUCUCUUUUAUACUUCAGGGUUGUGUGCAUGUAGUUGUUUGUCACCGAUUGACACCUCCAGAGGAGUUGGAUUCGCAAAUCGUCUUUGCCAUUGCGUUGUGCGACUCUGCCGAAGCCGUUGUCAACAGUAGAUCGCAAGCCUACUCCCAGCUGCUGGCAGCUUCGAUUCGCUCGAGUGUCCCUGUAAUACUGAUUGAUUAUCCAAAAUCGCUGAGUUUAAAUUGA